AUGACCUACCUCGAUGAUGUGCGGUCCAGCGCUGGCAUGCCAGGUUCACCGCCAGAAUUGACGGGCUCGAAGUCGUCGAAAUCAUCGUCAUUUCAUUCGUACCAUUCCGACAGCAGCAGCAUCAUCGACGAUGUCAGCAAUUUCGAGGAUAUCGGUCUCGAGGACGAUUCCAGAGCCGAUGUGGAUAUAGGGGAUUUCGCAAUCAAAACAACAACAAACCCAUAUGAUGAGCGGUAUACGAGUGACUUGCGAGCCACUGCGACCGCGAGGAAACGGACACCGAUGACGAAUACAAAUGGCAGUCAGCGCCAGAGGGAAUUGACGGCUGGGAAGACGAAACCUUCAUAUCCGAGUUUGAGGGGUCAGGUACAGAAUGCAACCGCCGGGUUAGGCUUGAUGCCUACGGGUAACAACACGACAUCGCGAAGGGCAUUGAUGACUUCGAAUUCGAAUAAUCUGCCUAUGUUGAAGCGACACAGGAGUACGAGUCCAAAUGUGCCCAUUACCGCCCGCCAAGCAAUUAACGCCGCUGCAUUAAAACAGAGGAGGAGUAGUUGGCAGGCGAAUAGAGAUAGGAAGACAGCAGCACAAUUAGAGGCGGAGUGUGAUGAGGAUGACGGAGAUGAUGUGCCGGACGAGUAUUUUCUCGAUAACGUUCCCAUCAGCCCGCGACCACCACAGGAGCGACCUAAGAGCAGACCAACCUCGACAGGCACAAGUCCGGAGAGGAAUCCCGAGAAGAAGGUCAAGGAGAGAAUUCGAAGUGUUGGAAAUGGUACUGCUCCUGUUCCUGCUGAGCAGGGAGAGUUGAGAUCACCGAGGACGCCUAAUUCACCGAAACCUGGAGUCAUCAAUCGUGGGACGAGUAUGGGUCAGUUUCCUAUCAACCACAACACGAUGAAUCCCAAAGGUCGGCCUAUGAGUUGGGUAUCGGCGCUUUCGGAAUUGAGCGAAGAAGCCAAGGCACUGACUGAGGCUUUGGAAGCUCAUGCGGAUGAGGAGGAGAAUAAAGAUCCUGUUUAUCAAAAAUCACCACGACCUGAGAAACCUCGAGUCAGGUCUGCGAUUGCUGAGCUGCCUCCGUUGCGGCGGACGGAUAUCAUGAUUGAUCCUCUGCCGAUCUCGAAAGAGAAAGAAGCGGUUCUCUCGCGCACACGGCCAUCUUGGUUACCACCAAAGGACCCUGCGGAAGAGAAACGUCAUUUGAAGGAAUAUCAGCGUAUGAUGGCACUUUCACUCAAGGCGGAUGAGAAGAGAGAGGCAGAGCAACGAGCGAAGAAUAGCUGCAAGGAUGAUACUGCCAGUUCGCUGCUGCGAAUCUGGGAAGAGCAUGUUCUGCCAAACUGGGAAGCGACUACAUCACAAAAGCGGACACGAGAAUUAUGGUGGAGGGGAGUUGCACCAAGAAGUCGAGGCGCUGUUUGGGCAAAGGCGAUUGGCAACGAACUCGGAUUGACUGAUGCAUCAUAUACUGCUGCACUUCGAAGGGCGCAAGCUCUACAAACAACGAUUAAAAGUGGCUCACAAUUGAACGGGGAAGAGUUGAAGAAAAAGAGGUGGCUUGACAAGAUCGAGCUAGAUGUCGAAUCUACAUAUCCAGAUCUGCGCAUCUUCCAAGCCGGUGGACCUUUACACGAUUCUCUGCUAGAUGUUCUCAAAGCAUAUGCUAUGUAUAGGAGCGAUGUUGGAUAUGUACACGGGACAAGUACAAUAGCCGCCAUCCUACUACUCAACCUCCCCACCCCAUCAGCCUCCUUCCAAGCCCUCUCAAACAUCCUCAACCGACCGCUUACACUUUCCUUCCACACCAACGACUCAAGCGGCACCUCCCGCGCCUACAACCUCCUCCUCUCCACCCUCUCCAAUAAAUCACCCCGUCUCCACGCCCUCCUCACAAACCCAACCUUCGCACUCCAGCCAGACAUAUACCUCCGCGACCUCUUCCAGGGCAUGUUCACCGGCUGCUUAUCUCUCGACAACGCAACUCGUCUCUGGGACGUCCUCGUCUUUGAAGGUGAUGCGCUGCUUGUUCGUGCGGGUGUUGCGUAUCUUAAUGCACUCGAAGGCAAGCUUCUUGGUGCGCAGAGUGCGAACGAGGUUUGUGCUAUCGUUAAAGGCGGUCUCGCCGCGUCUGUGGGUGAGGAGGAGUGGAUGAAGGGGUUGAGGAGUGCGGGGAAAUCUUCUCCGUGA